AUGCAGAUUUUCGUUAAGACCCUAACGGGUAAAACCAUUACCCUAGAGGUUGAGGCCUCUGACACCAUCGAAAAUGUAAAGGCCAAGAUCCAAGACAAGGAAGGUAUUCCACCAGAUCAGCAGCGAUUAAUUUUCGCUGGAAAACAAUUGGAAGAUGGUCGUACCUUAUCCGACUACAAUAUUCAAAAGGAAUCUACCUUGCAUCUUGUGUUGAGACUUAGAGGAGGUACCAUUGAGCCUUCCCUUCGUAUCUUGGCUAUGAAAUACAAUUGCGAAAAAAUGAUUUGCCGCAAAUGCUACGCUCGUCUCCACCCGCGUGCAACCAAUUGCCGCAAGACCAAGUGUGGACAUACAAACAACCUCCGCCCCAAGAAGAAGCUUAAGGAUUAA